AUGCCUCCUCCCCUACCCUCGUCACAUCGCGGUAUGACCGCCAACCCCUUGAAACCCGUGAAACGAUACAGACCUGGGAAACCGAUCGCAGAAGAGCCCUCUUCGUCCGAGGAAGAGGAAGAAAACGAAGACGAACAGGCCAAGGAACAAGAGCGGCGCAGACAGGCGGAAGCGCUUCGUCGCCAACAACGACUGCAGGCGCCUAAGGCGACGUCAUUUCCUACUGGUGCUGCUGCAGGGAAUGGUAUUACUCGUGGUGUUCAGAGUGUGAGGAUUGAAGACGAGGAUGAGGAGGGUUUUGUGACGGAGGAAGAAGAAGAGGAAGGCAAAGAUGUGAAGAAACCGCUACAGCAUGUUGGGGCUGGUGUCGUUCCUACGGCUGCUGGGGUUGAGAGUGAAGAAGAAGAGGGAGAGGAAGAGGAGGAAGAGGAGGAAGAGAGCUCCGAAGAAGAGAGCAGUUCCGAGGAAGAAGCACCCCGGAGACUCCUCCCACGUCCUACAUUUAUCAAGAAGGAUAAACGGAACAAUGGAACACCCACGCCAGGGACGGCGAUUGCAGGAGCAGAUACGGUAGCAGAGGCAGAAGCUCGCAAGGCCCAGCGACAAGAAAAAGCAGACAUGUUAAUCCGCGACCAACUGGAAAAGGAGGCCAUUGCACGUUCCGCAGCGAAUCGAGCCUGGGAUUAUGAUGAAGCCGCCGAAGUAGGAGAAGAGGGCGCUCUUGAUGACAGGGACGGACUCGACCCAGAAGCCGAGUACGCAGCAUGGAAACUGCGUGAACUCAAGCGCAUAAAACGCGAACGAGAAGCGAUCGAGGCAGCGGAGAAAGUGCGCGAAGAGAUCGAACGGCGUCGAAACCUAACGGCUGAAGAACGCGAGCGUGAAGAUAGAGAGUUCAUCGCGAAGCAGAAAGAGGAACGCGACGCAACCCGCGGCCAGACGGGAUUCAUGCAGCGAUACUUCCACAAGGGGGCCUUCUACCGGGACGAUCUGGAGCGCGAGGGACUCGAUAGACGGAAUGUAAUGGGCAGCAGAUUCGUCGACGACGUCGCCCGUGAAACUCUACCCGAGUAUAUGCAGAUUCGGGAUAUGACCAAACUCGGCAAGAAGGGUCGCACGCGGUACAAGGAUCUCAGGACGGAAGAUACGGGUCAUUUCGGUGAAGGGUUCGACUAUCGUCGACCUCGAGGGCCUGGUCAUGAAGGGCCUCCGAUCGGCGUCACUGACGAACGGUUCUUGCCUGAUCGCCCUGAGAAGAAGGGCCCCACGGGCGCCAAUGCUAGUACCGUCAGAACAGAGCGCCGGAGACCGUCACGAUCGCGCUCACCACCCUCGCGGCGAAGGUCUCGGUCUCGGUCCUAUUCACCUAGACGGGAUCGGCAUCAAGACAGGCGCGAUGACCGUCGUGACCGUCAUGGAGAUAGGGAUCGGGAUCGGGGUCGAUAUAGAUAUGACGGCGGCAGUAGAAGGAAACGGAGCCCUUCUCCAUACGAUGACCGCGAGAAGCGACGACGGGUCGAGGCAGUUUCAUGA